AUGGCAACGGUUUGUGAGCCGGAAUGGCAGGGUGGAGAUGAAGGAGAUGGGGGAGUUGAGAUGUACGAGGUGACGCCAGAGUACGUGAACCUCCUCACCGCUCCCACAGAUCAGUACCUCUGCGACCUGGAGCACAACAUCUAUAACAUCCAAUUUGUUGACUUCAGAAUCCGUUCCCUGGACGAGGGCAACGAGGGAGUGCUUUUUGAUCUCGGUGCUGGAGAUCGUCCAUCCCCCAUCCCACCAGAGCUUGCGGAGAACGCCGGCCGCUUCAUCCGUUACCAUUUUGGGCCACAGUUCCUCGAAAUCCAGAACAUAGGCACAACUCUAGAGUUCACCAACGGUGACUACGAGGUGCAGAACUUCAGGAUGAUCGAGCGACAUUACUUCCGAGACCAGCUGCUGACAAGCUAUGACUUCACUAUGCCUUUCGUCAUCCCAAACACCAGGAACACUUGGGAGAUGAUUUACUCAAAGCCAGCGCUGAGCGAUGAGUGGAAGGAAGCGUUGAUCAAUAGCCCAUGGGAAGUUCGAUCUGAUAGCUUCUACUUCGUAGAUGGACGGCUUGUGAUGCACAAUCGUGCUGAAUACAACUAUGGGUACUGA